UGUGCGCAGAAUUUAAAUUUAAAUUAAAACGGAGGGGAGAGAGAGAGAGAGAGAGAGAGAGACAGGGCAGGGCGAUCGAAGCAAAGCCAAGCCGGUGAAGAAAUCAGGGAAAGCAGAAGCGAUGGCAGGUGAAGAUGGAUGAGAAGACGAUGAUGGCGAACAGAGAAAGUAGAGAUCGAGAGCUCCUCUUACCCGUCGCUCACGAUGAUGUCGCUGCCGGACCGCCUUCCCCCAAGCCCUCCUCCUCCGCCGCUGCUGCCGCCGCUUCUUCCUCUUCUCAUAUCUCCGGCCGCGAGACGUUCUUCAAAGUUGUCAGGAGCUGGGCCUCAAAAAAGUUUAUGACAGGAUGUGUCAUCCUAUUUCCGAUAGCAGUCACUUUUUAUAUAACAUGGUGGUUUAUUCAUUUAGUGGACGGGUUUUUCUCUCCAAUUUAUGCUCAGCUGGGCAUUGAUAUAUUUGGUCUUGGUUUUAUAACGUCAAUCACAUUCAUCUUCUUGGUUGGAGUGUUCAUGUCAUCAUGGUUGGGGGCAUCAGUUUUGAGUCUUGGGGAGUGGUUCAUCAAACGAAUGCCAUUUGUCCGACAUAUUUACAGUGCCUCAAAGCAAAUUAGUGCUGCCAUAUCUCCAGAUCAAAACACACAGGCAUUCAAAGAGGUGGCUAUCAUAAGGCAUCCACGUAUUGGUGAAUAUGCAUUUGGGUUCAUCACUUCAUCUGUAGUCCUUCAGAAUUAUUCAGGUGAGGAGGAGCUAUGCUGCGUGUGUGUUCCCACCAACCAUCUUUAUAUUGGUGACAUAUUCUUGAUCAACUCCCAAGACGUAAUUAGACCAAAUUUAUCCGUUCGGGAAGGAAUUGAAAUUGUAGUUUCUGGGGGCAUGUCAAUGCCACAGAUCUUGUCAACACUGGACCCAGGAACAAUUCAAGUGGAUCGAAGUAGGCCUAACAGAAGCUGAGAUGAGAACGAAGACGAUAGAUGCAGUGAGAGAGCUGUGUAGUUGUGGCUUGAAUCUUAGGUUGUGUCACUUGGGAUUACCGCUCAGGAAUCAUCUGAAUUUAGUGUGAAAUUAUGAUAGCACGUGUAAUACAUGUUCUCUAUGUCAUGUUCAUUGUAGAAAGGUGCUGUUGCUUGCUUGGAAUUUGGAAGCAUUGUUGGGCUGUAUGGUUUUUUAUUGUUUCACCCUUAAAAUUGUACUUUUUGUACCUUGGAUUCUCAAAUAGUGAAAUAGCCAAGUGGUUUUAUAAGUCA